AUGGCCUCACUCAGGUCGAAACCCACGAGAGAAAGUCUGGUCGACACCACUGACCCGGAUGAUUACAAGUCCUUCGAGCGUGAAACGAUAUGGCUCGUCGAUAAGCGGAUACUGCCGCUAUUCGGAUUGAUGUACGCAGUCGCCACGCUCGACGGUGGUAAUCUGGGACUUGCGCGUGCAUCUGGGAUGGGGGCUGAUUUGGGACUUGACAUUGGAAGUCGAUAUAGUCUCGUAUCAACUUGCUUCUUUAUUCCCUACAUCGUACUUCAACUUCCCAGCAACCUUGUCCUACGAUACGCUGGUCCUCGUAUUUGCCUGGCCUUCUAUGUCGUCAGCUGGGGUGCAGUUCAAGUGGGGAUGGGCUUCGUUCCAACUUGGGGAUGGCUUCUCGUGUGCCGGACUCUCUUGGGUGUCUUCGAAGCAGGUUUCUUUUCUGCGAUAACAUAUAUCAUCACCACUUGGUAUCGGCGUCAUGAAGUCCAGACAAGACUCGCGUUCUUCUUCCUCAUGACACAAGCUAUCAACGCAUUCGGAGCCAUACUCGCAUACGCGCUUAGCCUAUUGGCAGGUAGGCGUGGGCUCAAUGGUUGGCAAUGGAUAUUCAUUGUCGAGGGAUCUGUGACCCUCCUAUUCGGAAUGAUGACUUACUUCUACAUUCCCGAUUUCCCCGAUCGCAAUAAUUUUCUGACGGCGAGACAAACCAAGCUCGUCCUCGACCGGAUCGAGCAAGAUCGCGGUGAUUCUUUACCAGACAAUAUCACCACGAAAAAAGUCUUGAAGCACCUCAGCGAUUGGGUCUUGUGGGCUUUCGUUGUGAUGUUUCUUGCUGGCACAACGCCUGCGUACGCAAUGAGUUUUUUCUCUCCAAUCAUCCUAUCAGGCAUGGGAUGGGGUGUUCGCGACUCGUUACUGUUGACUGCACCACCGUACAUCUUUGCGGUCAUCAUUGCCUUCCUCUUCUCCUGGCUCUCAGACAAGGCCAGAAAUCGCGCCAUAUUUCUUGCCAUACUAACGGUGAUAACCCUCACCGGAGCUGCGGUAACCGGUUUCGCCCCCAAUCCGGGAGUGAGAUACUUCGGGAUAUUUCUCACCUUGGCAGGCUCAUUGGGAAGUGUACCGAGCAUUCUUGCAUACAGCGCCAAUAACGUAGUUAGUCAUUCAAAGCGAUCCGUGACCACCGCAGUUAUCUCGAGUUCAAGAGGCGUUGGCGGAAUUCUUGCCUCAACGGUUUUUCGCCAACAGGACUACCCACGGUACUCCAAUGGACUAUGGACUGUGAUAGGUUUGCAACUGGGCUUGCUGGCCACUCUCACUAUCACUACUUUCGUUUUCAAUCGAAGAAACAUCUCGUCACGGAAGGGGAAGUUAAGUUCUCCUCUCGAAGGUCAACCCGGCUUCCUCUAUACACUGUAA